UGAGUUGCCAUGGGAACGGCGUCGGUUGUGGAGUCAUGGCGGCCGAGUUGAACAGCCCGGCCACGGCCGUGCUCCUGCCGAUGGAGGCCGCCGGGUACGCUGGCAGCCUGCAGGAGUUCCCGCUGAGAGACAUCGGCGGCCCGCGGUGGUUCAGACAGCAUGAAUAUAUUGAGAAGUUGAAUAUGCAGGCCAUCAUCAGUGCCACUGCUGAAGGAGAUGAAUUUGUCAAAGAACACAUUUACUCGCUUGGGAAGGCCCCCACACUGAUCCAUGAGCUCAUUGCUGUGGAAGUUUGGAAGCAGAAGGUGUUUCCUAUAUUAUGUCAGCUCCAGGACUUCAAUCCAAAGAGCACAUUUCCAAUAUAUAUUGUGAUCUAUCAUGAAGCAACAAUUAUUAACCUCUUGGAAACUAUCUUCUAUCACAAGGAUGUGUGUGAGUCUGCAGAGGAGGCAGUACUGGAUCUUGCUGAUUACUGCCAUCGAAAGCUGACCCUACUAGCUGCACAGAGUGAAAGCUGCGAAAAUCAGGAGCGUGAUCCACCUACAGCUACAUCCCUGACAGAAUUGAAAAAGCAGAGUCAAGAUUUGGAAUUUGAUAUCUCGGUAAAGGCUGUUUCCAUUCUUCGCUAUAUAACUGAUCACAUUGACAGCUUGCCAAUCAGUGUUCAGACACGGCUGCUGAACACCCACAAUGUGCCAUGCCUGCUGGUUCAGCUGGUGGAUCAUUGCCCCUGGAGGCGAUACAAUUCCAAAGGUGAAUUACAGAAAUAUGCUGAUGGCAAGUGGUAUACAGUGCCCCUUGAAGAUCAUCUAAAAAUAACAAAAGUGGAUGGACAGGUCUGGAUUGCAUUGUACAACCUAUUGCUGAGGCCUGAUUGCCAGAAGAGUUAUGAUUUCAACAACUUCAACAAAACACAGUUGCUUAAGCUUCAAGGAUUCCUAACUGAAGUUCUCAUUGAUCAGCUACCCAACCUGGUGGAAUUACAACGCUUUCUAAGCCAUCUUGCCAUGGUAGACCCACCUCCGACAAAGAAGAAUCUCAUCUUAGAACAGGUUCCUGAAAUCCGAGAUAGGAUUUUUCGCGAGAACUCAAACAAAUGGAAAGCUAUUGCCAAGCACCUAGUGAAAACUGCAUUUAACCCUUCUGAGCAGGAGUUGCUUCAACAGGCACACAGAUUGGCAGAAACUUACAAUCUGAAUGUGAUGGAGAAUCUAAUUCCAGAGCGCCCAAAAUGUGGAUAUUGUGGAGAAGAGGCAGCAAAGCGCUGUUCCCGAUGCCAGAUUGAAUGGUACUGUGCGAGAGAGUGUCAGGUGAAGCACUGGGCGAAGCACAAGAAAGCCUGUGAUCUGAUGGCUGGUGCCGUAAAAGCAUGACUGCGGUAUUGGAAAUCAUUCAGCAGAAACCAAACUAAUGAUGGCCUGGUUGCAAUUUCUGAGAACUAGGAACUGAAUAGAACUAUGCAGUUCCAAUUGCGGAGUUGUACAUCUGUUGGGUAUUCCCACUAUUGAGCAUGGCACAUACUGUAUGCUGAUAGUAUAGCCAUCUGGAUUUCCCAUUUGUUCAGAAAUGGUUAGCAGGUAGCAAUGGAUUUUGAACAAACUACUUAUGAAGCAGGCCACUAACAUUGAGCUGCAGAAUGGCAGUCUCCUUCAUAUCAUUGUGGAUUUAGGAGAGCAAGCUUAAUAUAUAAAACAAUUUUAUUUCUGGUGCAAGUUUCUUCUGCAAAGUUCAAAAGAAAAAGUGAUUUUCUAGAAAAUAUUUUUAAGGAAGUUGAGUUUCACGCUUUUUUAGUGGUUUUUGUCAAAUUGCUAUUAUUUUGGGGUCUGUGAAAGCAAUUUGAAUAGUGACAUGGGGACUGGGGAUCUGUGAGAUUGGAAAGAUGGUGCUCAGAGCAUUGCGAUGAAAUACACAUUUAAAUCAAUUUAAAUGUUUCCAACUGCUAGCAUUUCAAAUACCACAGAAAUUGAAGGACUAUUUGGUUCCCUCAGCAGUUUUCAACAUGCACACGUCAGUUGGUGCUGCUCGUGGGAAAAUGUCUGAAACCAGCCAAUGCAUACAGAAAGACAAGUCUGUAUAUUUUCUUAAAUAUGUUAACAUUUCAGGUAUCAAGAUUAUAUUACUUGUGGAGUAACCUUUGGUACUGCAACGUUUUGAAUACACAGAGAAGUGGGACAUACAUUUCCACCAUUGUUGUCAGCAGAAGUGUUUGAAAGGGGGUUAUUGGUAGCAUCACAAACAUUAUUAGGUCAAUUCUUGUCUGCAAUUUAACCAAAACAAAAUUAAGCAGAUUGAGCUGAAAUUAAAAUAAAAAAUAUUGUGUUGUGGUCAUUUGCUGCUUAAUUUCUACCACUAACAGAAGUUUACAGAUUAACGUGAAGCCAUAAAUUGACAUGCUGGCAAUACAUUUAUAAUAUUCAUCUUAUAAGCAAUUAACUUCAGUGCCUAGUUAGGGAGCAGAUGGAUAUAAAAUGGAAGACAGGUAUGCAGCUAAUAAUGUAGCAGGAACAGCAACAUUAGAUCGUGAAGGUGUCUAUGAAUGGCCAUUUUGAAAAAUUGAAAUUAUUGAGAAAUAUCUAUGAGAUUACUACUGACCCUUAAUCAGUUGUGAUGCACCUAUCACAUUCGUUUUUGAGAUCCAAUGAGAUGCUGGGCCUCAUACAUCAGUCCAGCAAGAAAAGCUACCUUAAAACCUAUAGACCAAUUGGCAAAAGAAGAAUAUUGCCAGAAAAAUAUCUGAUAAAAAUGAUCAUUACUUGAUAUGCUGUAUUUCCCAGUUGAUCCUGGGAGUUCCAUAGAGUCAUACAGCAUAGAAACAGGCCCUUCAGCCCAAUUCGUUCAUGCCGACCAAUAUGCCUAUAUUCGCAAGUAUCAUUUAUCUGUAUCAUUGAUCAAUAUCUUUCCAAAUGUUCCCAGUCCAUGUACUUGUUCAAAUGUUUUUUAAAAGAUUGUUAUUGUACUUGCCUCCACCACUUCCUCUGGCAGCUCAUUCCAUAUACGUAUAACCUGUUGUGUGGGAAAAAGUUGCUGUCAAAUUCCUAUUAAAUCGUGACCUUCUCUCCUUAAGCCUG